UAAUCAGAGACUGACCAUAGUUAGUACUAUCUCUCUAGUGAGACCGAGUAACCAUGACAGCUCACACUCACACCCUCCCACACUGAUACAAUAACUGGGAGCAGCAUUGUAACCAGCCAUGUGCUCCAUCCAGUCUCCUCCUCUUCCUCCCUGUCUGCGUCUGCUGUUACAGUGAAAUCCUUCAUUUCCUGUCACCUCCAUCUCUCCGGCCAGGGGUAAUCUGACAUGUCCAAUGCUGUUCAAGAAGAGCUCUCUCUAAUUUCUAAUAGUGGCAAGUCAAAGAAAAAGAGAUGGGGCUUGGUAAUCACUGGUGUUGUAGGAGGGACAUUAGUGGCUCUAUAUGCUGUAGCUACUCCAUUUGUAGCACCAGCAUUGAGAAAAAUUUGUCUUCCCUAUGUUCCUGCAACUCCGACACAGGUUGAAAAUGUACUAAAAAUGCUUAAUUCUAGAAGUGGGCCAGUGGUUGACAUUGGAAGUGGUGAUGGACGUAUUGUGAUAGCUGCAGCAAAAAAAGGGUUCCAAGCAGUUGGUUAUGAAUUGAAUCCUUGGUUAGUGUGGUAUUCCAGGUAUCGUGCAUGGAGAGAAGGUGUGAAUCAUAAAACCACAUUUUAUAUUUCGGAUUUAUGGAAGAUCAGUUUUUCCCGUUAUACAAAUGUUGUAAUAUUUGGUGUGCCACAGAUGAUGCCUCAGUUAGAAAAGAAGCUUGAGAUGGAACUGGAUGAAUGUGCCAGAGUAAUAGCUUGCCGAUUUCCCUUUCCUCAUUGGAUUCCAAAGCAUGUCUCUGGUGAAGGUGUAGACACUGUUUGGACAUAUGAAUUGGAUACAUUAAAGAAAUACAAGGAGUCAAGAUCAGUUGACCAAAAUCAAAUCCCUUCUGAUUUAGUAUAAAGGAACAUUAAGUUUUACAUAAAUCGAUUGAGAACAAUAGAAAUGCUUAUAAUUUGCCUUGCUAAUCAAAAGAGUUCAAAGAUUUAUAAAGGCCAAACAUGCUAUUGUGUUACUAGGUACCAAUUAUUGAGAGAAUUUCUAUUGUUUUCCAUGGAGACUGAUACUUAUGCAGCACUUUGCAUCAGAAUAGUAUCCAUUUCUGUCUUGAUAAAUGUCCCUUUUUGUGUUUUAUGUGAAGACAAACUGAUACUUAAAUAUGUAUGGUUUUGUUUUGCAUAUCAUUGUAUAAAGUCUGUAAUAAAUAUUAUGAAUAUUUGUUUUGUCUGUUAUUUAACGUUUAUCUUUAA